CUCAAAACGAGACACCAAAACAAAUACAAUUUAUAAUUGGACCCAUCGAUUUUAAAGUAAAGUAUGCCACAAACUUUAAAAAGGCUAAAAAAAGAAAAGAAAAUAUAAAUACACUUACGUUUCUCAGACUCCAUAUAUAGGACUCAAAACUUCUCUGGAUUCUUCACAUUUCACCACAACGACCACCACUCCUACACUAACACUUAUAUCACCAACACAUUGUGUUCUACUAUACAUAAAAUUCAGUUCCUAAGUAUUUUUGUUUUGUUUUGUGAGAUCGAUGGAGAGUUACUUGAGGAAAUGGUGUUUAGUUUCUGUGUGGGUUUUGCUUUUAGGUUUAGGGUUUAAGGUAAAAGCAGAGCCUCAAGUUCCAUGUUACUUCAUCUUUGGUGAUUCUUUGGUUGACAAUGGAAACAACAAUCGUCUUAGAUCUAUUGCAAGAGCCGAUUAUUUCCCUUACGGCAUCGAUUUCGGCGGCCCCACCGGCCGUUUUUCCAACGGCAGAACCACCGUCGACGUUCUCACUGAGCUACUUGGAUUUGAUAACUACAUUCCUGCGUAUAGUACUGUGAGUGGCCAAGAGAUACUUCAAGGAGUCAACUACGCAUCUGCAGCUGCUGGAAUCAGAGAAGAAACCGGUGCACAAUUGGGACAAAGGAUAACAUUUAGUGGGCAAGUAGAGAAUUAUAAGAACACAGUGGCACAAGUGGUGGAGAUUCUUGGAGACGAGUACACUGCAGCAGAUUACCUUAAGAGAUGCAUUUACUCUGUUGGUAUGGGAAGCAAUGACUAUCUUAAUAACUACUUCAUGCCUCAGUUCUACUCCACUAGCAGACAGUACACUCCCGAACAGUAUGCUGACGAUCUUAUCAGUCGUUACAGGGACCAGCUUAAUGCACUGUACAACUAUGGAGCUAGAAAGUUUGCAUUGGUAGGAAUUGGAGCCAUUGGAUGUAGUCCGAAUGCGCUCGCACAGGGCAGCCAAGACGGAACAACUUGUGUGGAGCGUAUCAACUCGGCCAACCGAAUCUUCAACAACAGGCUCAUAUCUAUGGUCCAACAACUAAACAACGCUCAUUCCGAUGCUAGUUUCACUUACAUCAAUGCUUAUGGCGCUUUUCAGGAUAUAAUCGCCAAUCCCUCUGCUUAUGGGUUUACGAAUACGAACACUGCGUGUUGCGGAAUUGGAAGGAACGGAGGUCAGCUAACAUGUUUACCGGGAGAACCCCCGUGCUUGAACCGAGAUGAGUACGUGUUUUGGGAUGCAUUUCAUCCUUCGGCUGCUGCAAACACGGCCAUUGCAAAAAGAUCUUACAAUGCACAAAGAUCUUCCGACGUUUAUCCGAUUGAUAUCUCGCAAUUAGCACAGCUUUGAAAGGACAGAGAAUAGGAGAGUUUUACAACAAUUGUAUGCUUUUCAGGUUAUAAAUUGAAUUAUUGGAAAUGAUUCUGAUGUUAUGUGUGUACCCAAAGUGUUCAACUUUAUAAAAAAAAAUAGGGAUUGCAUUAUCUGAGUUACUUCCACAAUGUUUUUUUUUUUUUUUUUUUUUUCUUUUCUGUAAUCGUGUAUUUUCAUUCAGUUUCAAAAUGUGUAGUCUAGGAUUUAUUGUCUAAAACUUUUGUUUGGUUGAACACGGCUUCGCUGAAACUGGAUCUAGUAUAUAGAUAGGAAUUGUGUUAAAUUGUUUUGAUCAUUUGAUUUUUAUUAACCGUCAUUAAUCAACUAUGAGUACAACAAAUGUAAGAAAGAAGACAG